AAUCAGUCUAAAGAUUUUUUCCGCCUACGUUGGCUCCUGUCUCCAUGUUAUUCCUAGUCUAGUCAAAUAAAGUGUUAAAUUCAUUAACUUAUUUCUUAACAAAAUGGAACAAGCCGAGUGUUUAGAUGAUGUGAUAGCUCGAGGGGAGCGAUGGGAUCCGCUUGGAUCAGCUGAACCCGAUAAAGAUGCAAAUAGCUUUGAUCUUGAAGAUCAAGACUAUUGGCAUAGCUUUGCUAGCUAUGAUAGUGAAAAACUUCGUAUGCUAGAGGAAGAACAGGAACAACUAAAUUCCUCACUGAUGGCACUCACAUCACACUUUGCCCAAGUUCAAUUUAGACUUAAGCAAAUAGUAGAUGCAGAGCCUGAGACCAAAGAAACAUUAUUGCGGGACCUUGAAGAGUUUGCUUUCCGUGGAAUCCCAGAUUUUCAAAAAACAUUCUGCUAUGUGGAAGAGGGAAAACAUUCUGAAGAGGAUCAUGCAACUAAGAUGGAAUCUCAUAGAGUUAAGCAACAAGAUUUAAUAGAACAGUUAAAACAGCAGCUCGAAGAUUUAGAACGCUAUGCGUAUGAAACCGGUGAAGCUGGUCUUCCUCAAAAUUUAAUAGUUGAGCGCCAAAAAAUCAUUAUUGAUCAAAUGAAAAAUAAACUCCAAUUCAAUGUUGAUGAUCUGGAUAAGUACACGGUGGAGGAAUUGAGGCAGCAGGUAGAUCAAGCUAUCGGCCAGCUUGUCAAUCCAUUGAAAAUAAAGGAACAGUUGGUUACACAGCUGAAGACCCAAGUUACAGAUCUUGAACGAUUUAUCGAGUUUCUACAAGGCCCAGCCGAAAGUAAGUGCCAAUGCUCUGGAACCCCCAAACCUGCAACUGGAAGCAAAUUUUCAAGGAUCAGCCGUGGUGGCAGAGCAAGUAAUUCAUCUUCGCCCGAACCUUUGCAGCUCAAUGAGAAACGGGAAAAAGUCGUUCAGACGCUCCGUCGGAUGGCCCACCUGAUGCAGAUUUAUGUCGUCUCGCAUUUUGGGUGCGGUAUAGGCACUCAUUUCCCGCGCGAAAUGCCACCAAAAGAGAAAAAUCAAAAACUUAGGGAGGGACUAAACCGGCUAGAUCAGGCCGUAUUAGAAGUGAUGCGAACGGCAUCCGCGAAAACCAGAAAAGACCAAACGCUAUCUUGGGAACCUGACAACCAAAUAAGCGUCGUCAAAGCAGUCCGUAAAGGGCUCUGUCCAGCACUUCGGGAUCUUCUGGCUCACGGUUUCCUCCAGCCAAAUACUACUAGCAGUUUGGUUCCUUUCCUUAGCUGCGCUGCGCCUAGACCUAGCACGUCAUCUGGUGCUUCGAGUAUUCCACAUCCUUGGCAACUCUUUGUUGCUUUUUAUCGUACUAAAGACGGCCAGGCAGUAAUGACCAAUCCCCAGAGAAGCCUGGCACAGUCUUUUUCAUUGGAAAUUCAAGGUGGGACAAGCAAGCAGAGUCUUCUAAUGGCCAUAGGCAACAUUAUCGCAAUGCAUCGGCCUUACAAGAGAGGACCUGAAGCACAUUUCAAAGCUUUUCUUUCCAGUGCACUCAAUGCCAGGAAAAUAGUUCCAUGGUUGCGUAUAAUCUUGCGGAGCCCCGCCUUGCUAGAUGAAUUCUACGAGCCUUGGGCUCACGUUGUUCAACCAGAGUUCGACGAGAUCUGGAGGAUUUUAGAACCAUUACAAAGCGUUGAAUUUCAGUUGCCUGAAGAUCUAUCGAUCCGCUCCUUGCGCAACAUUUUCGACGCUUUUUAGGUUGUCUACAUUUCACAUACUUUUCUAGUCACAUUAUUCCACCGGGCAUUUCGUUUUAAUUCACGUUCUUUUGUUAAACAUUCCGUUAAAGUAAUCUCCGCCGUUUACCCUUUCUAGUCUAAGAUUGCUGGUGUUCUCAUUUUACGUUUAUUCUUUCUUGAUUUUCGGUGUCUUUUGUGGUCUUAUGGGAGGAUUGAAGCUUCAAGGCAUUCAAUCGAUUAUGUUUAAAUACACCUGUGCAUGAA